AUGAUCUACUUGGUAUUUUUACUAAGUUCUACCUAGGUAAAUAGCUAUACAGCUUCUUCUAAUUGCAUGUCAUGCUUGAGUGCCUCAACAAAUAAUAAAUUCUGCAUGACUUCAUGGUUAUCUAGCAGCGGUUAUUGCUGUGACAAAUCAAAUACGAAUGAUUAUUGCUCAUCUUCGAGGUAUUUAUGCUCUGAUGCAGCACCAAAUGAUGCGAUGAAACUCAGUUUCUGUCCCUUUAGUUAAAGUUUGUGCUUUGAUAAGGCCCAAACAACCCUUACUGAUAAUAGCAUUCAUACAGCAGCGACUUCAAAUACAUUUGGUAAGGACAAUGUCUGUGCUUGGAAAAUCAAGACUGUGAGUGAUUACUAUUUCAACAAGAAAAUUUCAGUCGAAAUAAAAAUUGCGAGUAACGUCAAUUGCUAUAUUGCUUUUGGAGAGUCAAUGCUUAAAGCAACAUAAUACAGUGCGUGCAAAGCUGGAAGCUCAUUUGUAAUAGAUGCUAACCAGCAUGUUUUUGUGAUAGCUUAAGGUCUUACUACAGCUGCUUAAAUGCAGUUUAAUUAUCAAAUGAAGGAUAGCAUGGACUUUAUGUACUUAAUUUUCAUCUAUUCUGGCUCACUCUUUACAUUCCUUUUGCUAAUUAGCGCACUGAUGGUUGCUCUCAUCUGGAAAUGGGUAAAAUCUCUGAUAAUUCAAAACUAAAUUUUCUGGUAAAAAAUAGCUGCUGAAAUGUCAGCUACAGUAUUGUAAGUAGAGAAACUGAAGAAGCAGACCACAUCUUAUUAGAGUCAUAGUCAUCAAUAAAUAGGUGAUAAGACUAAUGAUGAUGGUCAUAUUGAUAUUCAUCAAAGGCAAAGAUCAGCUGUUCCAAUGGAUGAUUAUGUGAUUCCUCCACCACCUCCUAUUAUUUAAAUCAAUAGCCUAGAUGAUAAUAUCUAUCCACCAGUAAGACUAGUUGAUUACAAUAGUGCAAAGCCUUCACAGCAGUAGCAAAGAGCUUCAUCUAGGCCGUAGCCUAUCAAAUUUAAUCUCUGA